CAGUAACCGCUUUUAAGUGUUCUGAUAUUAUUCAAAAGAUUCGAAAGAGAGAAUAAUAUAUAACGUGGCUCAUUAAAUUAUCUUUUUCUGUUUGCUUUCACUAUUUUGGCCGAAAGCUGAGAUCAAUGUAUAGCGCAAUUAAUGAAAGAGUUGUCGGACGACCGAUGUGUUCGAAUGCGGUUUAUGUGAAUCGUUGAUAUCGUUAUCUUUACGGACUUUAAUUCUAUAAAAGAAUGAAGUGUACACGUUGCUUGCAGAGCAGCAGUAAACAUGAACGUAUUUUCGUCAAAGUAUAGAACCGUGGUUUUGGGUAUAACCGCGACUGCCAUCGGAUAUUAUGGGAUUCUCAUGCCACAUACUAUUUUCCUGGACAAAUACAGAGCCAUAGUAACUACGUACCAACUUGGCAAAGAGAUACCGUUAAGUGCCAAAGCGAUGCAGAACAUCCGAGAAGCGAUGAAUGACUUGAAACUAUCCGAUAACGUGAGAAACGUCAUAAAGCCAUUCAGCGUGUUUGGUUUCGAUUUGUAUCAUGCCGGCACACUCGGUCCCAAGUACGGGGCGAUACUGGGAAUUCCUUGCAACCUCAAUAGUACAGCGGAACAGCUUUACGAGAACUUGCGCAUCAAGGAAGAGGAGGUAGAUUGGUCGCAGAAAGAGGCGCAAGACCUUCUGAGCGCGUCGACGCUCUCCACGAGCGCACAGAAAUUCGCGAUAGCGCGCGAGAUUCUGCUGAUCCAGGCAGAAGUGCCGUAUUCGAACUCGUUCCAGCUCGCCCUUAUCGUAGCAGUAUUAUGGACGCUUUGCAACACUAUGACGUACAAGUUCAAGUUGCGCGAGCGAAGCGUGACGCUGUGUCGUAUACUUUACAUGGCCUUCACUUUAUUCGGUGCAAUCUUAUGGCUCGGCAUCAAGGAUUAUCAGAGUUAUCGCCUGGACAGUGAAGUCGAUAAAGUACUGUGUGGUUUAGGAGCCGAAUACGUCAAAGGGGGACAAGAGUUUUACGAGAAGACUUUAAUUAGGAACAGAGCUUUAAGAUCUCUCUUAGGGAAGGAUGGGGAGAAGAUAUACACCGCUGGGGGGAACGAACAGACUCUCUUUAGACAGAAGCACGUGAUGCUUUCCCAUAGGAAGGAGUUUUUUGACUCGUAUUCUGUCGACUGUUAAGUUUGGAUUCUAACGAGUGAAGAAACGAAUCUUCUGUUUUGCGCAACGAUAACAACUGAGGGCAUUUCAUUCGACGCGAAUCGUCUCUUGCGCAAUAAAUUACAAACAAGAAGAUUUGACAAAUAUCGUCUA